AUGAAGCUCGCUCUCCUUUCCAUGUCGAUGACCACCGUGUCCGUUGCCUCGGCUCAUUACUGCAUGGAACGACCACCUUUCAACGGAGCAGCAGCCCGCGGCGACUUCGUUGCAGCAGAAGAGGGAGCGGCUCGCGGCCCCUGCCCGAUGUUGAACACACUUGCGAACCACGGCUUCUUUCCGCGCGAUGGGAGGAAUAUCACGUUGGACAUUGCCACGGCGGCGUUCAAGGAUGCUCUCAACUUCAACGCUACUUUUGCCGAGCAAUUCUGGGGCCAGGGCAUGAAGGCCCAGCCAGACCCAAGUGUGCAGUCUUUCGAUCUGACCAUGUUGAACGUCCCAAGUCUUCUGGAGCACGAUGCUAGCUUGAGCCGUGCCGACAACACAUUUGGAGACGUCCAGCCGUUCAACCAGAGCGUCUUCGACGAGACCAAGUCGUACUGGACGGCGGAUCCCGUGACGAUCGAGAUGGUGGCCAACAGCAUGACGGCGCGCCAACUCGAGAUGAGGGCCUUCAAUCCCAACUUCACCUUCACGCCCGCCUCGGAGCGCGUCACCUUUUCCGAGAUGGCCGCCCUCUUCCUCGUCUUCGGCGACAUCCCAUCCGGCACCGUGUCUCGCGAAUACGUCGUCUCCUGGUUCGAAAACGAACGCCUCCCCACCGAACUCGGCUGGACCAAAUCCAGCACCGAACUCACCCAGUCCAUCAUCCAAGAGAUGUCCAAGCGCGUCGCCAACGCCACCAGCCCCAUCACCAGCCCCAUCACCGCGCCCGACGCGCCCGCAACCCCAGAAGCACCCGGCGCAGGGCCAGCAGCAACAUCAACAUCAACAGCAGCCGCCGCCGCCAAGGCGCGCCGCAGCUUCGCCCGCUCUCUCGCUGCCCUCUCCCGGGCGGGCGGCCACGGUGCCUAG